AUGCGUUCAUUUCUCCUCCAAGCUGUCGCUGUAUCUGUGCUCCUCCCUCUAGAGGUUGACUCGGCCGCCCUCCCCCGGCGAGACAACAGCACAGGUACUUGCCGGAAGGCCAAAGUCGCGAUCCUCGGGGCUGGUGUUGCUGGUAUCACGGCUGCCCAGGCACUGACCAACGCCUCUGUCAGCGACUUUGUCAUCGUUGACCGGAACGAUUACAUUGGAGGCCGUGUCACACACACCCAGUUCGGCAAGAAAGCUGAUGGAACACCCUACACCGUGGAGAUAGGUGCCAACUGGUUCCAAGGGUUGGGCGUUAUCAAUGGUCCCGAGAACCCUAUCUGGACUCUGGGAAAGAAGUACGGUAUUAACAAUACCUACUCCAACUACAGCUCCAUCCUCAGCUACGAUGAGAAGGGUCCUUCUGACUACCUCGAGCUGAUGGAUAAGUGGGAGGAGGCUUAUGCUGUAUGCCAGGCAGAAUCGGGCAAUAUUCUUACAGAGAACCUCCAGGACGUUAGCGCUCGGACUGGGCUCUCCUUGGCUGGUUGGACGCCACAGAAGGAUAUGCAUGCUCAGGCUAUCGAGUGGUGGGGGUGGGACUUCGAUACCGCCCAGCCUCCCGAAGCAAGCAGCCUCCUGUUCGGUGUGGCAGGCGAAAACGCCACUUUCAAUCAUUUCAGUGACGAGAACAACUUCGUCUGGGAUCAGCGCGGUCUUAACGCUAUGAUCGGUGGGGAAGCAAAGGAAUUUCUCAAGGACGGGGAUGAUCGCCUCAUGCUCAGCAAAAAGGUGACCACGAUCAGCUAUUCUGAAGAUUCCGUCCUGGUCCAACUGGACGACGGCAGCUGCAUAGAAGCCGAGCACGCCAUUUGCACAUUCUCCCUCGGCGUCCUCCAGAACGAGGUUAUUACAUUCGAGCCGGAGCUUCCUCAGUGGAAGAUGGAGGCCAUCCAGUCUUUCAGCAUGAGCACCUACACCAAGAUCUUCAUGCAAUUCAACGAGACUUUCUGGGAUGAGAACACGCAGUUCUUCCUCUAUGCGGACCCCCACGAGCGAGGCAGGUAUCCGUUGUUCCAGUCUCUGACCGGGCCAGGAUUCCAUGAAGGCUCCAAUAUCAUAUUUGUGACGGUCACUGCCGAUCAAGCGUAUGUUGUGGAGAACCAAACAGACGAGGAGACCAAGGCAGAGGUCAUGGAGGUCUUGCGUUCGAUGUUCCCAGGCGUGCAGAUUCCCGAGCCUACAGCAUUUUUCUACCCUAGGUGGAACACUGAAGAGUGGGCAUACGGGUCCUACAGCAACUGGCCAGUUGGUGUCACACUGGAGAGACACCAGAAUCUACGGGCCAACGUAGACCGUGUAUGGUUUGCUGGCGAGGCCACAGCCCCCCUGUUCUUUGGGUAUCUACAGGGAGCAUGGUAUGAAGGCCAGGAAGCUGGGCAGCGCGUGGCAAGCCUACUUGGUGGGGAUAUCUACGGUGAGAAUUCUGGGCCGAUGAAGAAUUAUGAAGUUCUCCAUGGGACUACGUUUGAGGACGAGUAUGAAGAUGAGAAUGGGUGGGAUCUAGACACCUUUGAGAACAAUAAUGUGGAAUAA